AAAACCAACGCGGGGAUCCGGAGACCAGAGAAACCGCCUUAUUCUUACAUCGCUCUCAUCGUCAUGGCCAUCCAGAGCUCGCCCUCCAAGCGCCUGACCCUCAGCGAGAUUUACCAGUUCUUGCAGAGCCGUUUUCCCUUUUUCCGAGGUUCUUACCAAGGAUGGAAAAACUCAGUGCGCCACAACCUCUCGCUCAACGAGUGUUUCAUCAAGUUGCCCAAAGGGUUGGGACGACCGGGUAAAGGCCACUACUGGACCAUCGACCCGGCCAGUGAGUUCAUGUUUGAGGAGGGGUCGUUUCGCCGACGACCCCGAGGUUUUAGGAGGAAAUGCCAAGCCCUCAAACCCAUGUACAGCAUGAACGGGCUCAGCUUCAACCAUCUUCCCGAGAGCUACGGCUUCCAGGGCUCGGCCGGUGGGCUCUCCUGCCCUCCCAACAGCCUUUCCCUCGAAGGGGGUUUGGGGAUGAUGAACGGGCAUUUAUCCAGCAACGUGGAGAGCAUGGGCCUGGCGGGACACUCUGUGCCCCACCUGCCCGCCAACGGUGGGCACUCCUACAUGGGCAGCUGUACCGGCUCCUCGGCGGGGGACUACCCGCACCACGAGAGCUCUGUGCCCGCUUCCCCGCUCCCGCUCUCCUCCAGCCUUUCCACGCAUUCCCUCGACCAGUCCUACCUGCACCAGAACAGCCACAACACCGCCGAGCUGCAAGGUAAGCCACGGACAUGCGUCGGAGACACCUGGGACCCCUGA